AAAUGUACAUGAAUUACUCUCCAAACCCAAAUUUCUUUCACGCCAACCUAGCGUAACAUUCUCAUCCCAAAAGCCACCGCGCCUCAACAUCUUCUUCGACCACAACCAUAGCCAUUGGCACUCGCCCCUGCGCCAACCGAUUAUCAUUUUCCAUCUUCUUUUGGCAUCACUUGCACCCUCUAUGUUCGCCGGUCGCCACCAUUAAGCUCAUAGACCGAUUGCCACCGUGUUGUCCUCACCGACAACCGGUCAUCAUGUACAUUUGACGCCUCCGACGACUCUCAGCACCUUUACUACGCCCAAUCGUCAACAAAGUUUUCAUAGGUUUUAUUUUUUAAUAAUGGAUGUUGUGCACGGAAAAGAUGAGGUGGAAGAGGGUGAAAGCUUGCUGCAAACAAAAGGGGGUGCGAAUAUACAUGUAAAUGUUCUGUUCUUUGCUCGUGCCACUGACCUCACAGGCUUGAAGAAUAUGCCUCUGGAAGUUUCGUUGGGCAGCACUGCCAGAGAUUGCUUGGAUAAAGUUAUCAUCAAGUUUCCGGGAUUGCAAGAGAUACGUAAUUGCAUGGCCCUUGCCCUGAACAUGGAAUACACCACAGAAUCUACCAUUGUCAAAGACAAAGAUGAGCUUGCCAUUAUUCCUCCUAUAAGUGGAGGUUAGGACGCUUCAUCCCCUUGUCAUGUAAGAAAUGAAGGAUUUGGAAGCUCACAUACAUAUUACUGCAAUGAUAAUAAAGCCAUUUGCAAUGUCAUGUGUGUGUACAUACUGAUAUAAAUACACAUAUACUUGUCCGUGUACUGUGUGACAUAAAAUCAUUGUUAUUGUAUUAAAGCUUACUUCAAUUUGCCUCAACAAUUUUGGCCUAAGUGCCUGCAUCAAUCCAUCAUCAUGAGAGGAGUUAUUACUUAGUAGCAAUUUGCCUUUCCUGAAAUUCAACAAUUUGCUCCCAC